CACGGCACUCUUUUUCAUUCCAAGCCGACAACAGCCCCUUCCCACUCUCCACAGCAGACAGCCCCUUCUCCCCCACUUCACGCCGACAGCCACCAUCAGUCCUCACCCACUCACCCAGCCGACAGCCCUUCCGGAGCAGCAAGGGAAGGAAAUCGGCGAAGGAAAUCGCAGCCACCAUUCAGCGGCUCACCACCAGCAGUCAUUUUCUGUACUACCUCAAAUCAGUUGGCCGUUCAAUAAAAUUGAAGCAGAGCAAUUGAAUACUUGCUUUUAAUGGCAUUCCAGAAAACAGCCAAAUUGAAGCCUUUGAAGACUUAAAAAUUGGGUUGAUGGACCGACAAGCUCAUGAUUAUGCAGCAGCAGCUUCUGCUAUGGCAUUUGCCCAGCAGCAGCAGCAGCAGCAGCGACAAACUGGCAAUAUUCAACCACAACAGCAACAGUUUGGAUUUCAUCCUCAACAUCAGCAGUUUUCUCCACCUCCCUUUAUGUCUCCCCAUCCUUCCAUGCAACAAUUCCCUUAUCCACACCAAUUGCAGCAGCAGCAGCAACCUCAGCUCCAUCCUCACCCUCCUCCCCAUCCUCACCUUCUUCAUCAACAACAUCCUCCCCCUCCUUUUCCUCCCCAUUUGCCACCUCAUCUCUAUUCUUCUCCUUUCCAUGGCCAUUAUGACUCUGCUCCCCCUCCAGCUCCUCCUCCAUCUGAUGCAGAGCUCCAAAAACGUAUCGACAAACUUGUUGAGUAUGCCACCAAGAAUGGCCCUGAAUUUGAAGUCAUGAUCCGUGAAAAGCAGCAGGAUAACCCUGCUUAUAGUUUCCUUUUUGGAGGUGAGGGCCAUAACUACUACCGUUACAAGCUUUGGUUAUCUACCCAUCCCCCAGGUGGGCCCUUCAACCCUCCUUUCACCCCUUCUUCUAUGCCAAUGAUGCAUCCACCUCUGAACCCAAUGAUGAAUCCUGUGGUUGGGCCUUCUGCUUCAAUGGUGGGUGCUUCAAUGCACCAGCCUCCUUUUCCUCCUUUUUAUGAUCCACAGCAACAUCACCAUCAGCAUUCUCAGGCCUUUGGGGCUCAUGGACGUCUAGAUUUUGAUCAGCCAUCCAAGUCCUUUAAAGGUCUUUCUGGUCCACUUCCUCCUGAUGUUGCACUGGAGCUAAGUAAUGUUCUUAACAGUCUUAAUGGAACCAAGGAGUCUAUUAAAGGUGCCAAAACUUGGUUUAUGCAAAGGUCUCCUUUUUCACCUGCACUCGCUGAGGCAUUGAGGGACAGGGUUUUUGCUCUAGAUGAUUCUGAAAGGCAGCUGCACAUUAUUUAUCUCGCAAAUGAUAUUCUUUUUGACAGUUUGCAGAGGAGGGUCAACCCCCAUGAACUUGACAAUGAGGCCCUUGCAUUUAAGCCAGUUCUAGGUCCCAUGCUUGCUAGAGUCUAUCACAACCCUCAAAAUAAGGAUGAAAAUCAGCCACGGUUACAGAAAAUUCUGCAGUUCUGGGCUUCCAAGGAAGUUUAUGAUCAAGAAACUAUUUAUGCACUUGAAGGGGAGAUGGUUGGUGGACCACCAGCAAAUUCUUUUCCUGGCCCUCCAAAAGAAUUGACUGCUGCUUCAACAGAUUCCUUGACUGCUACAGGCUUUACACAGCAACCCUCAAACUUUAAUGCUUCACAGUGGCAGCCUGAUAGGCAAAGUGUACCUGAACAUGAUCAUCCUGAUAAACCAGCGGCCCUAGCUAUCCCACCAUCCCUAGGAAACCAACAAUUCAUGCCAAAUUCAGUCCCAGCUGGAACAUUUUCAGGGUCCCUGCCAAUAAAUUCCUCUGUUCAACCAGCCAAUCAACAGCUUGCACAACAUUCACUGCAAACACCUCCUCCUAUUGUUGGUGAAAAAUUGCCGCCAUAUCCAUUGUUCCCGCCUGGUCUUAUUCCUGGGAUGGUUAAAAAGAUGCAGAUUGGCAGUGGGGUGCCCUACUCUCCUUUGAGUCCUUUGGACAUCCCAACAGUUAUACCCCCAUCCAAUGUAUCCCAAUCAGAAAUUCUAGAGAGAGUGUCAAAAUUCUUUAAAGAUAUUGGAGAGAUUAAUCCAUUUGAGGGAUCGAUAAAAUCUCAUUUGAAAGACGAGGAUGAUGAGUAUGAGAGAGAUCCUCCCAUUCGUAAAGGAGGGGCUUGUAUCCCCCCACCCCCCAACUUACAUGUUGACCCUGAGACGGGGGCUUAUGCUGAUGGAAGUGUGGAGAGGAAACCAGGAUCUACGGGCUCAGGAAGAUUGGGUCUCGGGGCAACAGCUGACCCUAAUGAGGCAAGUCAAUACGAUGAUGUUUACACAUCUUAUAGGAAACAACGAAGCACUAACUAUCAUUCAUCCAUGAGUGCAAGAGCUGCUACGAGGUAAAAUCUUCCGCUAUGUUUCCCCAAUUAGUUGGUCAAGUGGAACAAUGCAGUACAAAAGCAACUGAAUUCUGCGCAGCUUUCAUUAAACUUUUGUGGACUCUGUAAAUGACAACUUGGAUUUGUAGCGGUAAAGUCGAUUAAUCUUGUAUUAUGCGACUUAAACUUUUGAUUUGGGAUAACAUUACUUGUGAGAAUUUGAUCAAGGGUGAAGUAAUCAUUUGAAACCA